AUGAAUUAUAUAACAUUAAGAUUCAAUAAUUCAGAGUUUGAACAUAGAUAUUCCUUAUAAAGAAAAAGUCUUUAGUUAUAGAGCUAAACUGUAUAUAGAAUUUUUCUCAUACUUUUAAUUUUAUUAGAAAUUCUGGGAGAUAUAAUGCAAAAAAAAUGGGUUGAAACCAUUUUAAAUUUGUUUGCACUAUUGAUCAUGUUGUUUGGAUAUAUUUUUAAAUAAUAAUUGACUAAUCUAAAUAAUACGUUAACUUUUAUAGCCAUUUUAAUUUACAAUGUUUAACAUCCAAUUAAAUAUGGUAUUUUAAAUCAUACUAAUGAUAAAGAAGUACUAGAAAAUUACUUCCUUUGUUUAGGAACUUUAGCGUAAAAUUAUAAAAUAUAUUAGAAUUAUCUCCCAAUGGAGUUAUUUAAUGAAAACUUUCAUAACAAUUAUAAUACUAUUUCUUAAUAUUAUAUCUAUUUGUUUAGUAUCUGAUGAUUGGAGAGAAAUCUUAAUAUUUAUUUUCUCUAGCAUUUUAGCAAUAUACAGUUAUUAUACUCAUGAAAGGUAAACUAGAAUCUCUUUUAUCUUGAUGAAUAAUAAAGGAAUAAUUGAGGAAAAUUUAUAUAAAUAAAUUGAUAUUUAAUCUUAUGUUGUUCACUAUAACUUGAGGAAUAAUUCAUUCGAUUUAAUAAGGUAAAAUAGUUUCACUUAGAUUUCUGAAAACAAAUAGCAUAGUUUUAUCAAUUUUAUAAGAAGUAUGAAAGUAAUCUUGUUCAGCAAAAGAAGAAGAAAAUCUAUUUUACAAUCAUCAUAUAUGCUUAAUUAAACUAAUAAAAUUAAUCUAGAAUAAUUUUUAUUCUAUUUAUUUAUGGAUCAUGAAAAAAUGUAAGAAAUAACUAAAAAUUGUACCGCUGAUGAUUAAACUUAUGAAAUAAUAGGAUUAAUUGGAUUAGAUGUGCAUCAUAUUAAAAUAAUACGUACUAUAGAUACUAAGCCUUGUUUAAUUAUUUUAAUCAAGGAAAAUAAAAGAGAGUCAUAAUAUAAAUCCCUAAAGUAUAAACUUAAAAUCUCAAAUAAAUUAUUAAAUUAAGUCUAAGAGAGCAUCUAAUCUAGAAUUAGAGUGUGCUUAAUAUAUAUAAAAUAAAUGUUAUAAUAGAAGAUGCUAUAAAAAAAGAUUACAUAAGAAAUUUAUAAAUACAAAAUAAUUUCAUUUUUAAAUAGUUAAAUUACAAAAACAUACACUGAUAUAAAUAAUAUUCAAGAUUUUGCAAAUUUGAAUUCAAAAUUUACCAGAAUAGUACUAAAUAAUUUUGAUUUAAAGAAUUGUAUUUAAGAAUGUAUAUAAAUUAUAAAUCUACUUUUUCCAGAAAAGGAAUAAAAAAAAUUCUAAAUAAUAUCUCAUUUGAUUGAUAAUCGUAUUCACACUGAUUAAAAAAAGCUUAAGUAAUUAAUUUUUAAUUGCUUAUUCUUUGUUUUUUAAAAUACAGAAUAGAUUAUAAUUGAACUGAAGGAUGAAAUAAGUGAUGAUGAUUUAAAUUAAAAGUUUAUAAAAUUUGAUAUAAUUUACUCAGGUCAAAUUUUCACAGCUGAAAAAAUUAGUAAAUUACCAAUUUUAAAUCCUCAAAGUUUAGAAGAAUUACGUCAUAAUAGUUAUUAAUAAUUAAACUUAGAAAUUCCUAUAGCUUUGAUGAUUAUUAGAUAAAUUGGACCUUAUAAAUAAAUUUAAUUUAAAUAAAAUGCAGUUUAAAAAUAGAAUACACUUACAUUUUAUUUAUUUAGGUCUUUGGAAGAUUUUCAUUUAAUUCCAAUAAUAUCAUUACAUCCUUCAGAUAAUUUGAUAACAAAUUAAAAAUUUUUUAAGAAAUCCUCGAAUGAUUAUAAGCCAGAAAAAUAAUACCAGACUGAAGAGCCUCAUUUAGACACAUUUCGUUAAAUAAGUGAAUAAAUGAUAUCGAAAUGUUGA